UCGCAACUCAGAUCUGAACCACACACUCUCUUUUACUUUCCUUCAUCUCAGCCUGUGCCCAUCCAUUCUCUUAUCCAUCAACACCCAUUGUUGUUUUCUGUAACAACUCAAUUGCAUCCAUCCAGCAUCUAUACACUAGACCUCAUCACCACCCAUCACUCGUAUUAACUUAUACCUUGCGACUUCGCGACCGUGCGACACUCAGCCAGUCGACAGCGACAGCGACAGCGACAGCUUCCCCCACUACCACCCAAAUCCCUCACCUCGCCUCUACCCAACACAUCCAAUCAUACCCCUGCCAGAAUCCUCCCCCAAAAUGUCCAUCCGCACCCUCUCGGACACCGACUUCGAAGACAGCACGCUCAAGCGCGCGCGCACGGACCCGACCGCCCACCGGAUCUGCUACGACUGGAUGAUCGUCCAGGGCAACUGCCACUACGCGCGCGACCGCGCCGCCUUCACGAGCUACCGGCCCGUGACCACGGUGCGGCUGCAGACAAACAUCUUCAACCCGAUGGAGGAGCUGGAGGUGGCCGGCGUCGGGACCGUUGAGAUCCCCGUUGCGCGGUCGCUGGCCCCCAGCAGCAGCGACCACAACCCCUUCGCACCCGACAACAACACGCACACCCUCGUCCUCGAGAAUGUCCUGCACAUCCCCGAGGCCGUCUGCAACGGGUUCAACCCGCUGCUGUACGGGAGCAGCAUGUCGUGCACGGCCGAGAGCUGGACGGGCGCGGAUCGCGCGGGCACCCCGCUGUGGGUGGCGACCCCCUUCGCGGGCGGGUCGCGGCUGGUGCUGGCCGGCGCAGCGGUGCAGCUGCAGCACCAGCAGGGGGUGUCGGAGCUGAUUGCCGGGCGGUAUUAUACGUUGAGUCUGUAUAUUAGUCCCGCGGAGAAGGCGGAGUUGAUGGGGUAGACGGUUUGUUGGUCGCAGAGGGGAG